AUUAGUAGUCAUUUCAUACAAGUGACAGUCAGUACUGAAAAGCAUCUUGAAACUGGAGUAAACCAAAAACCAUGUCCAUCAUGAUGAGCAUGAGUCCUUCUCCGUCACCGUCGCCGUUAGCGUCUUCACCGACGGUAUCUUCCUCACCGCCGUCGUCACUGCCAGUGCGUACGAUUCCAGGAAGCUACGGAUUGCCGUUAGUGGGGCCCAUCUCGGACCGGUUGGACUACUUCUGGUUCCAAGGCCCCGAAACGUUUUUCAGAAAACGAAUGGAGAAAUACAAGAGCACGGUGUUCCGUACCAACAUACCGCCGACGUUUCCUUUCUUCAACGUUAACCCGAACAUUGUAGCCGUGCUCGACUGUAAGUCCUUUGCUCAUCUUUUCGACAUGGAAAUUGUCGAGAAAAAGAAUGUUCUUGUCGGAGAUUUCAUGCCCAGUGUGAAGUACACUGGGAAUAUUAGGGUUGGAGCUUAUCUCGACACUUCUGAACCACAGCACGGCAAGGUUAAGAACUUCGCAAUAGAUACACUAAAACAAAGCUCGAAGGUAUGGGUGCCAGAACUGACAUCGAAUCUGUCGACAAUGUGGGACACCAUAGAGAAAGAUCUAGCCGAGAAGUCAUCCUCAUCCUACCUAGUCCCACUUCAAAAGUUCGUCUUCAACUUCCUCAUCAAGUGUCUAGUUGGUGCCGACCCUUCCAGCUCCCCCAAAGUUGCAGAGUCUGGCUACAUCAUGCUCGACCGAUGGCUCGCCUUCCAGCUUCUUCCCACUGUGAAGAUUGGUGUCCUUCAGCCUCUUGAGGAGCUUUUCAUUCACUCUUUUGCCUAUCCUUUUUUCUUGGUCAGUGGUGACUACAAUAACCUCUCCAAUUUUGUAGAGGAAUAUGGUAAAGAAAUAGUACAGAGAGGGCAAACCGAGUUCGGGCUGAGUAAAGAAGAAACGAUUCACAACCUUCUGUUCAUUUUGGGUUUCAACGCCUUCGGGGGAUUCUCUGUAUUUCUACCAAGUCUCCUCGGCACCAUAGCCAGUGACACAACCGAUCUACAACAAAGACUGGUCAAAGAAGUCAGAGAAAAAGGCGGGUCAACUCUGACCUUUGACUCCAUCAAAGAAAUGCCACUCGUCCAAUCGGUCGUGUACGAGACGCUCCGGCUCAACCCGCCGGUUCCGCUCCAAUUCGCCCGGGCCAGGAAGGACUUUCGGCUAAGCUCCCAUGACUCAGCCUUCGAGGUCAAGAAAGGCGAGCUCCUUUGCGGGUUUCAAAGCCUUGUCAUGAAAGACCCGAAGAUAUUCUCAGAACCCGAGACGUUCAUACCGGACCGGUUCAUGAAAGAUAAAGAUCUGUUAGAUUACCUUUACUGGUCGAAUGGACCGCAGAGUGGUGUGCCGGGCGUGUCGAAUAAGCAAUGCGCGGGUAAGGAUAUCGUCACGCUUACGGCGUGUUUGAUCCUGGCUUACACCUUCCGUCGUUAUGAUUCGAUCAGCGGGAGCUCAAGUUCAAUCACAGCAGUUAAAAAGGCUUAAGUGAAUGAGAGAGGAGUGAGGUGAGGGACUAUAGUACGCAUGUCAUUUAUGUAUAUUAUUAGGGCUGCGAAGACAUACGCGGACCAUGCAUCGAUGGUAAACGAUGUGUUUAAAUAGUGUUAUUUGAAGGAAGGAAAAGGGUGAUGAAUUGUGAUGUUGAUGAUUAGAAGAAUAAAAUUUUGUUUUUGUGGGACA